AUGCAAAGUGAUGAAUCUUCUCCGAACGGAGUUGAUUUUAUUGAUAAUACCAAUAGUAACUCAUAUGAAGAGGAUGGAGCAGUAGCAAGACUCGGAGGAGAGCAACAAUAUUCAAGUUAUCAACAGGAAAAUCAUUUAAUUAUUUCCUCCGAAAAUAAUCAAUUUGAAAAUGAUUAUGAAAAUCAUGAGAAUGAUGGUGAUGAUGAGGAGAAUUUUGAUAAGAAUGAUGAGAAUAUUGAAGGUGGAAAACAGAAAAAACAUUGGGUUAGAAGAGUUUUCAUCUUUGUCGAGUAUCCAAUCUCGACGUGGUUUAUCAUGUUUGCAGAAUUGUGUGAAAGAUUUGCGUUUUAUGGUUUCAAGACAAUUCUCAGUUUAUACUUGUUGAAUUAUUUGAAAUUUGAUCAGGAUGCAUCAACGAGUAUUGUUCACGCAUUUGUCUUUUUUGCAUAUUUGACACCAAUUUUGGGAGCCUUCUUGGCAGAUGCUUUAAUUGGUAAAUAUUGGACCAUUGUUUUGCUUUUAUUGGUUUACUGUAGUGGUCAGACUGUGAUUAGUGUCACUGCCAUUGAAGGAGUGACAGGAACUCCACCUCAUUGGUGGGGUUGCAUGCUAGGUCUCUUCCUUGUAGGUGUUGGAACAGGUGGUAUCAAACCCAAUGUUUCAUCCAUUGGAGCUGAUCAAUUCAGAGAAGAUCAACGAGAAUUAAUUUCCUCCUUCUUUUCAAUUUUUUACUUUUCCAUUAACAUUGGUUCAACUGUUAGUUCAUUCGUAACUCCAAUCAUCAGAUCACAAUUUGGAUAUGCUGUGGCUUUCUUUGUUCCAUUGGGUUUGUUAUUAGUGGCAACUGUCAUUUUCACAAUUGGUAAAUGUUGGUACAGAGUUGUAAAACCAAGUGGAUUGAAGAAUAAUCCAGUUUUGAAGUUUUUUAGAGUGGUAUUUACUGCAGUGAGAGGUGGUGGAGGAGGUGAAAGACCUAGCUCACCACUCAGUAGUGAUGAAACUUCAGUUCUCGUUCAACAUACUCCAAUAGACGAAACCAAAAAGAAUGAAACUCUAAAUUCCAAUGAAAAGAAUGAUCACUGGCUUGAUAGAGCUAGAGGUAAAUGCACUGAAAAGGAAGUGAAUGAUGCCAAAUGUGUCUAUAGAGUGUGCAUUACUUUAUUACCAAUUACUGUUUUCUGGUCUUUAUUCGAUCAACAUUCGAGUAGAUUUGUGUUUCAAGCUGAAAUGAUGAAUAGAAGAGUUGGAAGUUAUGUAUUUGGAAGUGAUCAAAUUACAACCAUUAAUCCAAUCCUAGUUAUUGGACUCGUCAUUGUUUUCGAUCGAUUCAUUUACAAGCUCAUUUCCAAAUUUUACUACCUAACACCACUCCGUAAAAUAGGUAUUGGAAUGGUCAUUGCAUCCAUGUCAUUUGUCGCAGCAGCCAUCGUUGAAAUCUUUGUCCGUAUGUAUCCACGUCAAAUCCACGUUGCCUGGCAACUUCCUCAAUACAUUCUACUAAGCAUUGCCGAAAUCUUUGUCUCAGUCACUGGUUUAGAAUUUGCCUACUCUCAAUCCCCAAAGGAAAUGAAAUCCCUCCUCCAAUCCUACUAUCUCUUAACUGUGAGUAUGGGAAAUGUAAUUGUUGUGGUGGUGGCGAGUAUUCCAAUGGGAACUUUGAAGGAAUUCCCAUUGAAACAAGUUUAUGAGUUUUCAUUCUUUGCCUUGUUAAUGUUGGUUGGAUUGGUGUUUCAUUUGGUUAUGGCAAAUAUGUAUAAAUAUAGAAAGAUUGAGAAGGAGGUUAGUUUGGAAGAGGAAGAAAAAUAA